CACCUUAUCAUGCAUUAUGCAACAAUCCCCAUUGUGUAGACUGGUUGUCUGUUUGGUAGUGCGUCCAGCUCGAGUUGUUUCUUUCAUGUUUAUGGUCUGAUCUACUUUUAAAACCCACUUAAACAUGAGGGGAAAUAUCUUCAUUGCCUUUGCGUUGGUGAUGUCUUUGUUUUAUUUGGGACAAACACUCAAGUGCUUUCGGUGUGAGCUUGGAUUCUGGAACCUGUGUUACACUACCAAGACGAACUGCAGUGAUAAUGAAUUGUGUUAUGUGGGAAUUGGUAAAGCAGCUUCUGUUCUAGAUAUAAAGGUGAUGGGUUGCCUUCCCACGGAGGAGUGCAACAAGACAACAUCUGUAGAGUUCCUUGCCAAUAAGACCUUGUACACCUUGAAGACCACCUGUUGCGAGGAAGACUUCUGCAACGCUGGUCCUUCUAUUCAGUUGUCCCUUGCUCCUCUUUUGCUCACCGUGCUUCUCAUUGCCGAGAUGAUGAGUGUGUUUUGAUUUUUCUAAAUCGUAAUCGUUACAAGGGAUCGAAGGCUCUUCAUGUUUGCACUGUUCACAUCCCCCUUUUCCUGUUUUACUGUUGCGUUGAAUGAUCUAAUGCGGCUGCCUUUUAUAUAGCAGAGCACAUUUUGGAUGCUCUUUUUCUAGCUAGUUGAUCGUUCAUCAAAACGAGUAAUGAUUGAUGACGUUCUGUUAUUUUCUUAACAACACAAACAAGUUUUACUGGUCAAUAAAUGCAAAUGAUAAAGA